AUGGAGCCUUUACGAUUUUUCUGUCAGACUCCGGUCUGGGGAGAUGGUCGUAAAAUGGGGAAUGCAACGGGUCCGAUGUGGCCGGACAGCGAAUGGGAGAUGAGAGGUCACCGCGGAACGGCCGGCGUGGAUUUGGACGGGGUGGUUUAUUACCCCAGAUGCAUCCCUCGCACGAGAAUACUCGCGGAAUGCAAAGAGGAAUCUGGAUUCGUCUUUGUUGCGGAUUCCCAGACGUCGGCCACGGCGAGAGUUAGAGACGUAUCAAUAACUAAUUGUUUUCCGGAGCCAACAGAUGUCGCCCUUCCGUCAGCUGGGUCACCUCUAGCGGAACACAUCCUCGACAUACGAGUGUAUUAUCAAAACCAAAUAUUAUCAGAAGCCAAGGUGAGCGGGAGUUGUCUCGAUGCUCGCCUAAUUACAUCGACCUCAGAAGCCGGCAGCAUACGAGACGAAAAUCUGAAGACUGGCGACACGCACGCUGCCGGCAACACGACACCGACCAUUGAACAUUUUCACGAGGGAAAUAUCGGCUUACACGAGAGACCGCCACCCACUACGAGCACGGGGACACUAGCGCCGCGCCCCGACGGCGGCCGCGGGCUUACGAGCUACGUGACGGAGUGCUCCCACGAAAAACACUAG